AUGACUCCUGCCCCGCAAGAUGCAGCUUUGCUGUGUCUUAAAGAGAUCUCUAUGUGUUGGGAUUUUCAACCUCUGGCUGUUAACGACAAUGGGUUCUGGGAUGAUCCCUCCUAUUUGAGAUGUGGUGCUGCGAACUUGCAGUUUUCUCUUCCUUCAAACAUUAAAGAUUCAGCUUUUGUUUUGAGAGCACUUGAUCACAAAGGGAAAACUCGUGACCUUCGCAACAGUUCUGCUUGUGGGAUCUGGGUAGGGCAGAAACCGGAUGGCUCUCUGCUGGUUGGUGCUGCAUAUGAUGGGUGCUUUGUAAGAGAGAAGAAUGGUGAUCAUGUGAUGACUAUUAGUCUAGAAGAAGUUAUCAACGGUCAAGCUCAACAACACAAAAGGGACUUAAAAUGCCCAAUCAUGCCAGCCAUGGAUGCUCCUAAACCCAAUAUAUGUGCGGCUGUUAUGAGAGAAGACCGAUUGCCUUGUGCAACACCACCGAUAUCGAGUGGGCUUUGUGACUCCCUUGGGUGCUGCUUCAAUCCUAUGGAUGCUACAAUGCCUUGCUACUAUGGGAAUCCGCUGACUGCACAAUGCGCUCCUGACAACUACGUUCAGGUUGCUGUUUCUAAAGAGGUGACCAUGCCGUCUUUAAUCUUGGACUCUGUCAAUGUUGUCAACGUGAAUCCAACUUCAUGCCCUGAAUUACGAGUUUCCAAGAGUAACUCGUUCAUCGCUUUCCGCUUUCCCUUGUCUUGUGGAGCAUCAAAGCAAAUAAAUGAGAACUCGGUGGUCUAUGAAAAUACAAUAGAGGCGAAACGAGACAUAAGGAUGUGGCAAGGAGCUUCUAUCACAAGGGAUAGUACAAUGAGAGUCUCCGUUCGCUGCCUUUACUCCAGGAGUGGAAUUGUUCCAUUGCGAGUUGAGGUGUUUACGCUACCCCCUCCUCUCCCUAUCUCUACCGUGGGGCCGCUUCUUCUCGAGAUGAGGAUUGCUCGGGAUCCUGAAUAUUCCUCAUACUACACUGGCGGCGACUACCCUGUUCAGAAAGUACUAAGAGAUCCAGUGUACUUGGAAGUCCGGAUUCUUCAGAGAACAGAUCCGAAUCUGGUUUUAAUCCUGAAUGAGUGCUGGGCCAAUCCCUCUGCAGAUCCCACACAGCUACCCCAAUGGCCCAUCUUGGUGGAUAGGUGCCCUUUCCCUGGAGACAACUACCUCACUCUGUUAAAGCCUAUUAUUGCCUUAUCUCUGAGCUUUCCUUUCCCAUCCCACUAUCAGCGCUUCAUGAUCAGCACCUUCGCUUUUGUGGAUGGAAGCACUCAGAAUGCACUUAAAGGACUGGUCUACUUCCACUGCAGUGCAUCAGUGUGUGUCCCAUCCACUCUCGAUUCAUGUAGUACUACUUGUGCACGAAGAAAAAAGAGAAUGAUUAAGAAGGUAAAUCCAGGUGAAUCUGACAUGGUGAUAUCAUCAGAUGGACCAGUAGAAUUUGCUAGUGUCUUGGAUGCCACUGUUGAAAUGGAAGGUAAUAUGUCUCCAAACCACUCUGCCUUCAGCUGGCCUCGAGGAACAAUAGCUGCUGGAGUGUUUGUGAUUGGUGUCUUCAUUGUUGCUUUCUGGAUGCACCAUAAGAAACGUGCUCCCAAAAUGUAUACUGUAAAGGCUUAA